AUGGCAGACGAAGCUCAGAUGUCGCAAUCCUAUCUCUCGUCCUCGACGUCAUCACUCGUACCUAUGUCCAGCAAACAAAUAUCACAGGUCUACAAACAAGCAUCCCAGCUGUUCCUCACACGCAGACUCCAAGAAUCGCUUUCGCUGCUCGAGCCUAUUAUCACACCGUCUCCCAGCCAGGAAACCGAACAAGAGAAUGGAGAUGGUGAUUCUCCAACGCCGCCACAGCUCGCACCUAUUACAACGGCCUCCAGUAAUCUAAAGAUCAAGAUAUGGAACCUUUAUAUUACAAUACUCAGCGCCGUUGUUGACCUUGGACCCGAAGAAGGGAGGGCCCAAUUUGGUCAGAAGGAAUGGAAAGCUAUUGCAACCAAAGUCAGAGAAGGCGAGGUUUGGGAGACGGUGGUGAGCAUGGGCUACCGCGGCAGGGAAGGAUCUGUGGAUGCAGAUAUCGUUUAUAACUUGGCCACUUUGCUCCUGAACCAUUCUGCGUCGCAGAAAUUGAAUCAAGAACGGCUUGAAACGUACCUGUCUUCCUACGGCCAGCCUGAUUUAGAUGUCGCCGCGCAUCUACAACAUCUCUCAUCCGGAAAACGAAAGCAACGGAUGACCUCUGCGGCCGGAACGGACACACCAAAAGAUCUGGCUGUACGAGUCAAGCUCUUAGAAAUAUUCACCUUACAUGUUCUCCCCCGAAACGACGAAUGGGAAUACGCUAGAGAAUUUAUCAAUCUUAGCGAAGCCUUAGAUGAUGAUAGGAAGGAAGCUUUCAUUCAGACGCUGGAUAAUCUACAGGAAGAAAAGGAAAGAGGAGCUCAACGGGCGGCCGAAAUUCAGCAAGAGAAAGAAGAAGAGCUAGAACGACAGCGAAAGCAAAGAGAAGACGAGGAAAGGCUAAUAGCUGAGGAAGAAAGGGAGAAACAAGAGCGAGAACAAAAGCAGAAACGUCAGCAGGAGUCCUCCUCGUCGUCUGGAGGAAAGUCAACGUCCAACCAUAAAAGAUCAAGUAGUGAAGUUGACUACGGAAUUGAGAAGUCGAAUCCAAACUCCGCUAUGAAAACUCGAGUUGUUAAGCCGGCACUGAAGAAGUCAACAUCCUCGGAGCCAUCAUCAGCUAAGCAAACGAAGAAGAGUACAACAGGGAAAUCCCAACCUCUUCUACUUGCACGAAUGCGAGUGUUGGCGAAUCUACUGGUCACCUUUAUGAAGAACCUGGCUCGAUCGCUAGCCUCAAACCCACUAUCUUAUUUAAAAUCUCUCCUUGUCGUUUUAGGCGUCCUCAUGGCCCUAGGGAGGUCAGAUGUUCGCAAUCGCAUUCGCCAAGUCACCGGCGCUGGCUGGCAGAAGGUCAGAGGUACCAUUGGUAUGGGCGUUAAGGUCAGCUAUAUUUAA